UAAACAAACAUUCACACAUCAACCGACUUGCUGUGUCAAAAGUCAGAUCAAACAUACUUUAACAAAAAAACAGACAGUAGUCUUCAGAAUCAGUGAUAAAAUAAACUAUUUACGGUAGCAGGUAUAUUUUGUACGCAACUGGUUCUGAUUUGUUUUUAUUGGCAAGGUGCAAAUCCAGCAUUAUGGACAUGACAUGAAAAUGCUCAGAGAAUGAAUUUGUUAUGAUUAUAUUGAACCAUCCGUUUAUACUUCACUGAACCCUUGUUGAUAGACUGUAAACAUCCAAAAAUGUCAGUCUAUGAAAAAAAAAUAUUUGAAAUGGGAAGUAAACAUGCGUUAUGGAUGUAACGGUUUUUGUCGGUUUUUGUCAGACGAUGAACUUUGUAGGAUUUCUAUAAAAUUAAAUGCACAAUCCUGAAGCAAUGAUACCCAAUGAAUGGAGAAGGGCUGCCUCUUUAUAGAACUUAAAAUAGUUACUUUAUAUUCAUUUUCAUGUGUCCAUUUAUGAGGAAUAUGUAGCGUUAUGGAUGUGAAAAUCCUGAAAAUGGCACUUGACUAUGAAAAAUCAUGCACUAAAAAUAAAGCAAACGCUUUACAAAUUUGAAAAAAGAUCUCGCAUGGGUCUUUGAACCACCAAAUGUUAAAAUCUGUGCUGUUACCAUAGUAAAAACCGCUAUAAAAAACAUAUUUUUUUGUGGUAAGGUUGUCAUUUUCACGGAAUUGCCCCAAGGAUAAAAACAUUGACUUUUUGACAGUGCAACCCUACCGAAAAUAAACCAUGAAUAUACUGCAGUAACCAUAGAUUAAUUAUUCUAUCUGUAGGAAACAACAGGAACCACAAACUUCAGAUUUACCUUAACAUUAGCAGUGAAACUAUGGUAGACAUUAUGCUAUGCUGUACAUUUUCGGUAAAAUACACAUUUUUACUAUAGUAAAAUCAUAUUUUGUUCAUUUUCAUAAGGGUUGCUGGACUAACUGUAUAUAAGAUUAAGAUAGAAUAAAAGGAUAAUAAAAAAGUAAAAUGACCCUUUAUUGGACUCCAAGUAUUAGCAGUAGUAAUAGUGUUACAAAGCUUAACAAGCACCACUAACACUACUGAAGGUAUAUAAACAGGUAAUAAAAUGUAAAGCCCAACAAACACAAGCACUUCUAUGUAUAUUUGCACUGAGGUCUGCUUAACAGUUCCUGGGUAUAAAGUGAGGAUCCCGGCACAGUUUUUAACAAUGUGUUAAGAGGGUCUUAAAAGCUGAAAUGAUUCCAGAGUACUUCUGUUUGAUCUAUUGUAGAGCUAAGUGUCUGCAAAAGUGAAAGGCAGACAGAGAAUGUCAACGAGUGAGAACAUUAUGAGAUUAGACUGAGAUUAAAGGAUCACAGUCACACUAUGAAGGGCUAAUCAACAGACCUGCCACUGCUGGAGUUUACCGCAAAUGGCUGUUAAUGUAAUCAAUUCUCAUUUGGUGAGAACCAUCAUUUCCAUGUCAAUGUGAAUAUAAAAUGUUGAGGAAUACAGUGCAGGGGACCACAACAUUUUUUUUUUGACAUUUCUUAAAAGCAACAGAUGUCAGGGGAUAUCUGUAUCGUCAGUUUCUCUCAAGGUGUCCAAGCAGAAAUGUCUCUUGAAAUGUCUGAUCAAUCAAAUCAAUUUUUUGAUUUGUUAUUAUUAUUUAAAGCUGUAAGCCGUGAUUUUAGCAUCUAUAUAUCCCCAUCUCUUUUGACACAUGCAAUUGCUGCUUGGUUUACUUAUCUUUACCUGCGAUAAAGUCAAAUGAUGUCAAACUGACGUGUCCUACAAAAUAGUACACAACAUCUUAACUCAUAAAUCAUCACUGAUUUUUAUAUACUUUCUUACUAACAGAUUUGGUUCAUUUUUAACGAAACUGCAAUAUAGAAAUAUUGAAGUAUAGGACACGUGUAUAAAUGAAUCAGAAGUGCCAUUCAUGUCUAAACAUAUGAAUUAAUUCUACCCAUCCCCCUCAUUUGGGUCUCAUGGUAUUGCCUGGCCCAUUGAGUGUGUUAAUGAGACUGUCCCAUAAUGUGUUCUGGUGGGGGCCAUUGUCUCCGGGAUGGGUGAGAGUACUGAAUGACUUACAUUUCUGUAUACAGGUUUCAGAGUUAUCAAUCACUGUUAUUGUUCUGUCAUUCAAAUGCAGAUGACGUUUUAAUAUAUGUGCACAGAUAUGCAUGCAUGUUAUCUUCGCAUGGUUUGGCCAAGGGGAACAGGGGGUCCUGGGAAUGUAGUGGAGAGGAAGUGAGGGCCAUUUUUGGGUUAGACAAUGUGUAGUACUCCCAGCAGGGGAAGAAUAACUCUUGAGCAUCACACACGCACAGACGGCACACCGGGACUCUCACACUUAUACACUUCCUUUCACACACCUCUGUCACAGCCAAUCAACUUUACACGUUGAGUGUCAUGUAAAGUAUCUAUCUAUAUAUCAAAAUCUCACCAUUAAGCAUCUACAGAAAAAAGGAAGAACUGGUCACGCAUACGCAAACUCUCCCUAACCAAUCCAAUCUCACAUCCUGCAAAGACCCGCCUAUUCCCAGUUGGGCCACAGACAAUGGAGUAUAAAGACACCUAUUACUGACCUACUGCACUACACUUACUCUUCAGCUCAUCCAUCCUUAGCAAUCAUUUUGGACUAUGACCCUUCCACUGCCCGCUGUACUGCUGCUCAUGCUUUGCCCGGGCAUUGGUGCCCUGCCCAAUGGACACUGGGAUCCCCUCCCGGGCUCUUCUCGUUGUGUGCCUAUCCCUACCAACAUGGCUCUAUGCCAGGGUCUGGGCUACAACACCAUGAGGAUACCUAACUUGCUGGGACACGAAUCGCCAGCCGAAGCUGUCCAGCAGAGCACCAGCUGGCUGCCACUCCUCGCCCGAGAGUGCCACCCGCACGCCCGCAUCUUCCUCUGCUCGCUCUUCGCUCCCGUGUGCCUUGAGAGGAUCAUUUCACCAUGUAGAAGUUUGUGUGAGUCAAUACGGGACAGCUGUGCCCCCAUCAUGAGUUGCUAUGGUUACCCCUGGCCUAGAAUCCUGCAAUGUGACCACUUUCCUAAAGAUCAUCUGAUGUGCAUUUCUUCAGUUGCGAGUAUGCAAAAUGGCACCAACAACGACGGAAGAGUGGUGCCACGUGCUAGCUGCACAGACUGUGAGUUAGAGGAAGCUACAUCAUCCAAAGACAUGCUAGAUAUUUUCUGCAAAAGCAACUUUGUGGUCAAGGUGCGUUUAUCUAAACUGAACUCCAGCAGCUCUGUCCUGACCAUGUUCUCGCUGGGUUCACGGGUUGAAGUUCUGAAGCAUGGUCCACUGCUGGGAGGGGAAAUGAGGAGUCGUCUGACUCUAUGGCUGGAGAGAGACGCCACCUGUGUGGGCAACCUGACCCGCCACCAUCCUCACGGGGGAACCUUCCUGUUGACGGGCAAUGUGAUUGGCAGGAGACUUCUGGUCACCAAAGCCUUUAGCUGGGGGAAACGCCAGCGUUACAUCAACCAGGCUGCCCGCAAAUGGAAAAGCCACCGGUGUAGAGGAUAAGUGCGAAUUUUGUGGAGGUCAAAAUGUGUGCUGAGCUUUGUAAAUAAUAGAAAAUACCUGUUCUAUUAGGGGUGUGCGAGAUAUAUCGUUUGCGAUAAUAUCGCAAAUCUUAUUAUAACGAUGUGCAGAAUCAUAUUAUCGAGUGUGUCACGCAUUUUUUAAGCUCCACUAAAAACAUCACUCAGUCUUCACAAAUACUUUAGUCAAGCACUGCUUGUGCACAUUCACAACGGGCAUAGCAAUUAAAGGCACGGGUAUACUUGACUUUUUGCGUCCGUGUCUGUCUCGCGCAAAAAUGCGUCUGCUCAGCUUCCUGCGCAUACUCGUAGCUCGAUGAGCUGUCACGGACGAGGUUGACACAUGCGCAGUGAAAAUGAGUAUGUAUACUCCACCAGACAGUCAGAGGUCAGCACUGAGCUGCGUUAUUCACAGGCCCACUGCAAAUUAAUGAUAGAAGAAGUGUGGCACCACCAUCGCAGAUGACAGAGAUAACAAUUAGCCGCCCUGAACACAUCUUUAUACUCUCUUAAACUUGAAUUACAUAAAUGCAGAUAUUUUUUAAUCUCCCACACAAACGCUCGUUGAAUUCUUUGUCUGUUGUACUCAAACUCUUUGUUGUAGUGUUUUGGCUCCUCCGCUUUGUGUCGGUCUUAAUCGACAAUUGCACACCGCAAACUUUCGGUGUGUACUGCCACCUAGCGGGCUCUUAACAUUUUCUCGUGCAUGAGCUUUUGUACGGGUUUCGUCCACAGGGUCGCAAAAUUUGGGACCCUUCUGAUGACAAAGAUUGUGACAGUUCAACUUUGUUUAAAAACAGUUAUAAAGAAAAGAGCAAUACGACUUUUUUUAAAACAUAACCAUCCCUCAAAAGUUUGCUUUUGGUAGGCUACUUUUAUAUUCCAGGGUGCUUCUUGCUUGUAUGCUGCACAGUUAACCGUACACCAGUAAUGUGUUGUGUUUCUACUUGAAUGAUUCCAUUUAAAGGGAUAGUUCAUCCAAAAAUUACUGUUUGUUUUAAACCUAUAUAAAUGUAUUUGUUCCAAUGAACACAGGGAAAGAUAUUUGGGAGAAUGUUAGCAAUUUUCAGUUUUGGGAUAAUAUCCACUACCAUAGUAGGAAAAAAUAUAUUGUAUUUAUUUUUUUGUUCUGUUGAACAGAUAAAGAGAUAUUUUUAAGAAUUAAAGAAAAUAGAGAGCUCUCCAUCACCUCUAACUACCAUUUAAUUCUUCUUAUUAUGGUUGUCAAUGAUGGAUGAAGACUAGAGCUGAGGAAUGACGUUCUGUAUGCAUGAACGCAAAAGCUUUGUUUGCACACACUAAGCAGAAAUAAUUACAUGCAUCCAGACAUUUAACAAAUCAUGUAUAUUUGUCUUUUCAGACGGACUGUAAACGGACCGUCUUCUCUACCGAUGAAUUCACUAUGAGCGUGAAGAGAAUUACAUUUAUAUAAAGCACAACAUAUUAACUUGGACGUCUAAGCUGUUAAAGCUGGACAGAACUUUUUCAACACCUGUCUGUACUACUUGCAUUUAACAUUAAAUGAGAGGACGAGAAAAAGCAACAGCAAAAAACGUAUGUGAGUCUAUUAGUCAGUAAAGAGAAACUACUUCCUACCUGAUCUGUGGAGAAAUGUCUGUCAUUUACACUUACAGAAUGCGCAGUAUUCUUACAUAUUUUUUAUACAAUUUACUGAUUAUCGAUCUGUCUUUCUAUAUUCCCCAAGUAUUUUUGUGAGGAAAUACUGAUGAAGAUUAUAAAUGAUAUUAUUAAUGAUACAUUGGAAUUGCAGGAAAAGAUCGACAUAUUUGGUUAAGGUUUUUGUUAUAGAAACAGUAAACAAUGAAUAAAUGUAAAAAAUGAAAGCAUAGAAAAUUGUAUUGCAUUUAAAAUGUGUACAUUUUUAAAAGCAAAUAAAAAUCUGAAGUAAAACAGGGAACUGAGCAGGAAUCAAAAACAGCAGCUAGGAAUCGAUUCUUUCAAUUCCCAAACCAGGAAUUGGAAUCAACUCCAAAAAAUUCAGAAUCUAACAGCCCAACCUUAACAUUGUUC